GGAAAUAAGAUCAAACCGAUCAAAGGCUUUCUCAUGGAGGAAACAAAAACAAAGACAGUUGAAAAUGUUGAGACCGUCGAUGUUUACACGGCAAAAGGUUUGCUUAGUACUACUGGUCAUCGAUAUCUCGAUGUAAGGACAAAUGAAGAAUUCGCCAAGAGUCACUUUGAGGAGGCCUUGAACAUUCCUUAUAUGUUCAAAACUGAUGAAGGUAGGGUUAUAAAUCCUGAUUUCCUUCCUCAAGUGGCAUCGGUUUGCAAGAAAGAUGAACAUUUGAUCGUGGCUUGUAACUCUGGAGGAAGAGCAAGUCGUGCUUGUGUUGACCUUCUCAAUGCAGGGUACGAGCAUGUUGCUAACAUGGGUGGAGGCUACUCGGCUUGGGUUGACGCUGGAUUCGCGGGGGAAAAAACCCCGGAGGACCUCAAGAUAGCUUGCAAGUUCCGCCCCAAUGAUAACUAAACUGUCCCGCCGGUUUGUAUUGACGCGAAAAGAAAACACUUGAAACUUGAUAGUGAUGUUGUGUUUGUCUUGUGUAACAACAAUAACAGAAGUCUCAGAACAGCCGAGAUACUAUCUAUUGGGCCGUUAAGUAUGUAUAUUCUUGGACUCGAAACAUUAUAAUACUAUAUCAUUCUUGCUUUUGAAGGUACUA